AUGAACGCAACGCGCCGAACCACGACGCCAGGCUUCGGCACUCUGGCUAGACCGACACAAGCAAUCCCCUCACUCGAGGAAUGGGAAUUAAAAUCAUUGUUGGAGGAAGUCCAAUCCUCGAGCGUGCUCAAGGUAAAAAAGGCGGCUGAACAACCUCCAUUACCUCUUCGAUUUUCCGAUACAGAUACAGAUGCAGGGCUUCCAUCUACAUCGCGGCCUUCCACCCCGUUGAAUGCAUUAAAACUCCAAAUUUCAUUACCUUCCUCCCGUCCGGCCACCCCUAUCAGAUCGAAACAAACUGGUCUCCUACCUAAACAUCCCAUAGUAACCCCGCAACAAUUCUACGAUUGGUACGCGCUCAUCGAGCGUUCUGUUGCCCAUAGCCAGGAUGCCCAUUUCAGAGCUCAUGUAUCCAUGGUUGCGCAUCAUCUGGAUACUUGUGACUAUCUCGUUCAGGGAGUUGAGACCGUGGAGCGGGAAGUGGAGAGCAUGUUGAAAGAGUGGAAGGCCGUUGAAGAUGGAGGGAAGAAUCUUAAAGAGAGCUGUGAGCGCGUUUUGGAUGAACGAGAUAAGAUAACGCGACUUGAGGAAGAACUCUCCCAACGGCUUGAAUAUUUUCAAGAACUCGACCAUGCAACGAGGAUGCUUAAUCAUCCUGGAGAAUCUCUGGUGCUACAGUCCGAUUUUCUUUACAUGGUCGAGCGUGUCGACAUAUGUAUCGAUUAUCUCAAGUCCCAUCGACAGUUCAAGGAAGCAGAACUUUACCUUCUGCGAUUCACUCAAUGCCUAACACGCGCCAUGACCCUCAUUAAAAUGUAUUUUGUCGGUUCGCUGCGCGCCAUGGCGUCCGACAUCACUCGUCGACUUUCCGAAAAUAAGUCAUUCUCGCAAGAAACCGCCCACCAUCUUCUAUACACCCGAUUCCUGUCACUAUCUCUACGUCAGCCUUCCUCGGAUUCAAAUCAACAUUCACCUUCAUCACUUCCUCCACUUCUUCGCGAACUAGAACGGCGGGCGACUUCGCAUCCUGAAACUCUUGAUGCUUUGUUGGCUGAAUGUCAUUCCUCCUAUUUAGCGACCAGGAAGGCGAUCAUUGGCAACGUAGUCAGAGAGGAGAUAAAAUCACUCACUAGGGGAGUGGAGAUGGGUAGCAGUAACACACAGCUUGAUGUUGUCGAUUUGACGCGGACUGGAUGCUCCUACCUCAAACAACUCUGUACCGAUGAAUUUGAGUUGUUCCGAGAGUUUUUCACUACAGGAGAAGAUCGGUUAUAUGCAUACUUGGAGACGCUUUGCGACUAUCUUUAUGACGACCUACGCCCUCGGAUCCUUCACGAGCCAAGGCUUACUGCACUUUGCGAGGUGUGCACAGUAUUACAAGCGUUAAUGGUUCUAGAUGUGGAUACGGAUACUGUUGACGAUACGCUUCCGUCUGCACCCGUCAAGCGAUCAAAAUUGCAGAUCAGCCAUCUCCUGCAGAUGAUCUUACAGGACGCUCAAACCAGGCUAUUCUUCAAGGCUCAAGCUGUUAUCCAAAGCGACAUUAGGCAUUACGUGCCAUCGAAGGAGGAUUUAAUGUAUCCUGCGAAGUUGCUGGUCUCUGUCGAAUCACAUACGAAACCCGCAAUUGAAAAAGCGAGCAUUUCUCAGUGGUGGGAUUUGAAGGGAAAUCAAGUUGGAAAUGACCGCGAAACCUGGUAUCCGACCUUGAAGAAGACGGUUUGGGUGUUGGAGCAACUUCAUGACUUUGUGAAUCCGGCGAUAUUUGAAGAUAUUGCAGAGGAAGCUAUUGUUCUAUGCCAUAGAUCGCUUCAAGCUGCCUCAGACAUGAUCCUUUCUUCUGCAUCCAAUUCCCCUUCACCCUCUCCCACUGAUGUUGGAAUUCGGAUAGCCACCACGCUACUGUUAGACCCAUACUUAUUCUUCCUCCGGCACCUUCUGAUAUUGAAGGAGGUCCUGAGCAGGUUUGGAAUAGAGCAGUUUGAGGUGACCUCAGAAGCUAGGUCAAACACAGCCCUUGGUGGUAUUCGAGACACGUCUAGCACGGCAGUCAGAAGUCUCAAUGGUCAAGGAAAUGUUGAAUCAAGCGUGGCCGGAGGGGUCACCGACGCGUUGACGUCUUUACUUUCAUUCGCAGGAGCAGAUGGAGGCGGGAAAAGAACGAUAGACGAUGCAAGAAGGUUAAUAAACCAGUCAAUUCGAUUGACAUGCGAAAAUGUCAUCUCAACCUGUGCUGAAGCGGUUUGCAAACCUCUUCGAACAUGGUUGGAGACGGUGGGAGACACUGCGACAAGAGAGCGGAUGGCAUCUGCAUCACAACUCUGUGCAUCAUUUCAAGAGCACUGUGAGCUGGAGCUGCGGUCUGCAAUGGGGAAAAUCAAGAUUUACCUUAGAGAGCAGGAAGUAGGUAAAGAAAUGAUGAAGUACGUGCAAGAGAGAAUUGAAGAAGAGUAUUUUGGGUUUAGGCAGGCUGUGUUGAGACAUGAGAGGAUAGGUAGCUUGGAUCGUGAAGCACUUCCUUUUGAUGAGGUAUCUCUGAAGAGGUUUCUGAAGACAUUGUUUUAG